CCCGCCCUCCGGGAUGCCCCCCCCAGCCAGAGCAUCGCCGCCGCCGCCGCCUGGGUCCGGGAGCGUGUGGGCGACCAAGGUCUUUGGGGGCUGGUGAACAACGCGGGGACCGCCAUCCCUACCGCUCCUAACGAGUGGCUGACCAAGGACGACUUUGUCAAGGUGCUGGACAUCAACCUGGUUGGCCUCAUCGAGGUGACGCUGAGCCUCCUGCCCCUGGUGCGGCGGGCACGGGGCCGGGUUGUCAAUGUGGCCAGUGUGUUGGGCCGCAUCUCCUUAUGCGGCGGGGGGUACUGCAUCUCCAAGUUUGGUGUGGAGGCCUUCUCCGACAGUCUCCGGCUUGAGAUGCGUGACUUCGGGGUGAAGGUCAGCGUGAUUGAGCCAGGCUACUUCAAGACGGCGUUAACCCGCUUUGAAAACCUGGAGAAGAGUUUUCUUUCCAUCUGGGAGAAGCUCCCGGAGGAAACCAAAGCGAGUUAUGGGGAGGAUUACUUGAAGCACGCUUUGCUAACAGUCAGGAAGACUGUGGAUAAAAGCAGCUCCAGCCUGACGCUGGUCACAGACUGCAUGGAGCACGCGCUGACCAGCCGCUUCCCGCGCACCCGCUACUCCGUGGGCUGGGAUGCCAAGCUGCUCUACAUCCCCCUCAGCUACCUGCCGUCAGCCCUCACAGAUGUCGUAGCCACCUGGUUCUACCCCAAACCUGCCUGGAAAACCUAA